AUGCUAUCAACAGUCUUCAUUACAGUAGCCCUGGGGUUAGGAAUCACAUAUUUCAUCCUCAACUAUCCACGUUUGAAACAAAACUAUCACCUCUCCCGCCACCGCUCCUCACUCCCUCCUUCACCACCAACCCUCAAAACAGGCAUCUCCAAACCCUGGCUCUGGUUCCGAGAACUCCACCAACAAUACGGCGACGUAGUCUACCUCCAACUCGGCCCCACGCCCACCAUCCUUCUAGGUUCGGCUCAAGCAGCAUGGGACCUCCUCGAGCGCAAAGGGAGCAUCUACUCCAGCCGCCCACGGUUCAUCAUGGGCCAGGAGCUGCUCUCCAACAACUUGCGAGGGCUGAUGGCUGGGUACAAUGAUUUCUGGAGAAGAUGGAGGAAGCUGCUUCAUAGCGGGUUCAUGGCGAGACAGUCAGAAAAGUACAGGUGGAUUCAGAGCCUGGAGAGCAAAGUCUUGAUGAAAGAGCUGCUCGACAAACCUGAAGGAUUUAGGGAGUGGAUGGAGCGGUAUGCGGCCAGUGUGGUUGUCAUGGUGACGUACGGGAGGAGGGUGACGGACGUGAGGAAGGACGAGGUGGUUGAGAUGAACAGGUUGGCGAUGGAGAGGUUGACUUUGGUGAAUAUUCCAGGUAAAUAUGCAGUCGAGCGUUAUCCUGCUCUGAAGUACGUUCCCGCCGUUCUUGCCCCUUGGAAGAGAAUGGUGUUGGAACAAAGGGAAAAGGACGUUCAGAUGUACACCUCGUUGAUGAACGAUGUCAAGUCUCGAAUGGCCGAGGGAAGAUUGCCGGACUGUUUCGCCAAGCACUUAUUGGAUGAACAAAAAGGACUGGGAAUGACCGACCUGGAGGUGGCGUAUACGGCAGGAACACCUUUUGGAGCUGGCGUGGAGACGUCCGCAGGAUCCUUGGCGUCGUUCAUGCUUGCUUGUGUCAAAUUCGGACAUUCGUUCAUCCCAAAAGCCCAAGCUGAGCUCGAUGAUGUUGUUGGCCGAGACAGGAUGCCCACGUUUGACGACCUGCCGAAUCUCCCCUACCUCAACGCCAUCGUUUCCGAAACCCUCCGCUGGAGACCCAUCGCUGUUUUGGGUGGCACCCCACACGCCACCACGGCAGAUGACUGGUACAAGGGGAUGUACAUCCCGAAGGGGAGCACCAUCAUCGCGCCUUUGUGGAGUAUCCACCUCAAUGAAAAGGACUUCCCUGAUCCCCACACUUUUCUCCCAGAGCGUUUCUUGAACAAGGAGAGGAUAGCAGUCUACCCCGGCACAACCGGCCACAGCGCGUUUGGGUGGGGUAGGAGAAUUUGUCCGGGGAUGCACCUCGGCCAGGCCUCCGUCAGUAUCAACAUUGCAAGGAUACUGUGGGGGUUUGAUGUGAAGCCUGCGAAGGAUGAAAAGACCGGCAAAGAGAUCGACGUUGACAUAUUUGCCUUUUCGGACGGGUUCAACUCUAGCCCGUUGCCGUUUCCCUGCGAGAUCAGGCCCCGGUCGAGCAAGCAUGUUGAGGGUAUUGAGCGGGAGUAUAGGGAGGCUCGUUCCAAGCUCGAGAUAUAUGAAGUGUGA